UGCAGGUACUGGACCUCACGCACAGGUGGUCAGUCAACCUUAAAGAGGCCCUGGAGCAAAGCAACCCAAGUAUUAAGCAUUUUCCCACCGACCGCCACCCGCAUCACUCACUGUGUGUGUAGUCCUUCGACAUCAAGGCCUCCUCCUCCUUCAUGAGCCUCCCAUCACGUCCCGUCCCUCUAGACCUUCCCACGCCUUCCCCCUCUCCCUGCCGUCUGAUUCCACCCACUCAUUUACCAUCAAGUGACGCAUUAGGUAGUAGGCAUCAUCUUUGUUCACAGAUCACGACGUCUCAUUAACAUUGUCCAAUGACUGAAAGAGACCUCCAGGUGCUUGUUAUCGGGAAAGGUGCCCGAGAGCAUGCCCUGGCCUGGCAGCUGAGCCGAGCCAGAUCAGUCAAACAUGUUUUUGUAUUCCCUGGCAAUGCUGGCACACAUGGAGUUGCAGCCAGCAAUAGCACAGCCGGGAUUUCUGCCCUUGAAGGCGUCAGUGGCUCGGAAUAUCACAACCUGGCGAAGCGUGCCAAAGAAAUCGGUAUAGGUUUGGCAGUUGUUGGGCCUGAUGACGACGUGGUGAAUGGCAUCGAAGAAUUCUUUCGCAAAGUUGGCGUGCCUUGCUUCGCACCUUCGCGCGAGGCCGCAGAACUUGAGGGCUCCAAAGUCUUUGCGAAGGAGUUUAUGAAUAGAUUUGACAUUCCGACUGCCCACCACCGGAGCUUUGACAACCUCGAGGCUGCCAGUGCAUACGUGCGCCAUGUUUUCACCGACAAAGACCACCGUAUCGUCAUCAAGGCAAACGGCCUCGCCGCAGGUAAGGGCGUGGCUCUCCCUGAAACACUAGAAGAAGCACUGCAAGAUCUUCGCGGCAUCAUGAGCGACGGCAAAUAUUCUACAGCGGGCUCCUCAGUCGUAAUCGAAGAGUUCAUGGACGGAUACGAGAUCAGCAUCUUGACCUUUAGCGACGGCAAGACCUUCUUCUCUCUUCCGCCUGGGCAAGACCAUAAGCGUAUUCUAGAGGGAAAUAAGGGACCCAACACUGGAGGCAUGGGCGUUUACUCACCUGUGCCAAUGGUGACCGCAGAUGUCUUACAGAAGAUUGAUCAAGUCAUCUUGAAACCUACAUUUGAUGCUCUAGCAAAAGAAGGCCGUCCUUUCUGUGGCCUGCUGUUCACUGGAGUCAUGGUCACCAAAUCGGGCCCUAAAGUUAUCGAGUAUAACGUUCGCUUUGGCGACCCGGAAACCCAAAGCUCGAUGCUUCUUAUUCACGAAGACACCGACCUCGCAAGUGUCAUGCUAUCAUGUACAAGUGGGACACUCGCACAAGUGAAGAACAGCAUCAGAAUUAAGCCAGGUUUCGCAUGCAAUGUUGUUAUUGCAUCCGGCGGAUACCCAGGGGACUACGAAACUGGAAAGGUUGCUUCACUGAGUUCUCCACCAGAGGGGGUGGUUAUCUUUCACGCUGGGACUCGUAAGGAGGAUCAUUUGCUGAAGUCCACGGGAGGGCGUGUCUUUUCGGUUGCUGCUUACGGUGAUACCCUUGAAGAGGCACGUCGCAAGGCAUAUAUGGGUGUUGACUGCGUGUCUUUUGAAGGCAUGGUGUACAGGAAGGACAUUGCUUUAGGGGGUCUGGCCAAAUAAGGAGUAAGGAAGGCCACCACACCAUACACUAGAUUAAUUCAAGGAUGUAGGACCCGAUGUAGAGCUACGUUGCGAUUGUCGCUCCUAUGUAGCCCAGUCCAGGUUGCUGGGUUCACGA